ACAGGAAGUCUUCUGAUGGGGCUAGCAUAGAGGCAGGUCUUCCCCUGAUUGGCUGAAUGUAUCUGUUUCCGGUUUGUAGAGGCGGGGCUUAGUCCAGAGAGGAAGAAGAGAGACCCAGAAAUGGCUUCCUUUGGAUGGAAGAGGAAGAUUGGUGAAAAAGUGUCAAGAGUAUCAUCUCAGCAGUUUGAAGCUCAGGCUGCGGAUGAACAGGGUCUUGUUGACAAUGGUGAUGUUGAUUGGAUUAGUGAAGCUAAAAGGAAAAAGGGUCUUCUAUUAGAAGAGUGUUUGGCCAAAAGCAAGCGUCUGAAGGAGGAAGGUACAGUUUUGGCUGAAAAUGAAAGAUACCGAGAAGCAGUUCACAAAUGGGAUGAAGCACUUCAGUUAACACCAGAGGAUGCUACCCUCUAUGAGAUGAAAUCACAGGUCCUUAUGUCUCUGCACGAAAUGUUCCCUGCAGUGCAUGCAGCAGAAAUGGCUGUCCAGAGAGAUCCCCACUCUUGGGAGGCUUGGCAGACAUUAGGGCGGGCCCAGCUUGGAUUAGGAGAAAUUGCACUGGCAAUUCGAAGUUUCCAGAUUGCCCUCCAUAUCUGCCCACUAAGCUCUGAACUGUGGCAUGAGGAUCUUUCUUGGGCAAGAAAAUUACAACAGCAGAAGAAAGUAACGAAAUUGGAGACCGGAAGACAAGGAACAGCAGCUGAUGGAGGGACUUCAAAGGAACCAAUCCCAGAUUAUGAUUUUGAGAGCGACGAGAUACUGGCUGUGUGUGCAGCCAUUGCUGAGAAGGAGAAAGCUUCAUUGGCCUCUAAAACAGUUGUAAUUGUUUCAGCCUCGGGAGAAGUGGAGACUGUGACUGAAAAAGAAGAGUGUGCAACAACGCCUGAUGGUACAGUUUUUAUCAAAGCACGAUAAGCAGCACCAGUUCUUCUGGUAACACUUCAUGUUCUUGGAGAUUUCUUUUCUCACCUUCCCCUCUAUUUGCAACCUUAUCUUGGAUUGUGAAACACUGUGUGGUUCCUUGCCAUCGUGAACAUAAGUCUCAGAGGCUAUAGUUAUGUCCGCUUCUCUCCUGAUCUGGUUGCUAUGAAUAUGUCCACAAAAGGAGGAUGCUUCAGAGUGGGUUGUAUGGGGAACAGAGCUCCUACACUGUUGGCUGGCCACAAAUUGAGUGCUGAUAUAUAGGAGAUUGUUAGAAGCAAGGAGGUUGUGUGGAAUACCAUAGAGACAGGAGUAGGAAGCUACUGCCCAAGCCAUCAUAUUCUUGGUUUAACAGACGAUUUCAGAUAGAAACUGGGUAUUUUGUGGACUGCAUACAUUAUGGUCCAGUACAUAGUCCUUAUUAUGUUUUCCUACUCCUACUUAUUCUUUCCCUAAUGUGUACUGUUUUAUAUGUGCUACACAGAAGCUUGGAGUGGCUUUAAGUUUGCUGCCUGUCCCCUGCAUUUUCCUAUAGCAUGCAGCUAAAGAAGGAAACACAAAAGGGACAAACAAAAAGUGAAGAUAGGAAAAGACAAAACCUCAAGCAGAGAUGUUAUUGUCCUGCGUUGUAUGGCAAAUCUCUUUGAAACCUAUAGUUUUUGAGGACAAGAUAAUUGCAUACCUUCUAAUUUUGCUGUCUUUUUGUGGUAGUGUAUGGCAUCAAAUAUUGUCUAUGAUGCAGAGAUGCUCAAAAUAGUUUGAAGUCCUACCAUAAAAGGUUUUUUUAGCAAUAGAAUUGGAUAAUAUGCAGAAUUGUCUAUGAAAAAAUUAGCAUAUCUUUAAAUAAUUGCAAAAAGCCAUGGUUACCCAUGAAUUAUUAGGGCAUAAAACGAAAUAACCAUGCUUUGUUAUGCAGAGCAAUUAUCAAUAGCAAUUUGGUGUAUAAAUGUAAUCCAGAUGACAUGGACCCAAAUAUAUAUAUACAUAUUUGUGGUGUUCCAUCUCAAUUUACAGACUAAUCCUCUAUGUGGAACAUCAAGUGUUGCUGUCAGGGUUUGGAAACUCUUAUUUCCAUGAUGAUUGUAAAUUUAAAAAUAAUAAAAAAGCUAAAUCUCAGUUAUUUGGGCCAUCCGGAUCUGUGGGUUCCAGAUCCACAAAGUCAGCAUGAAUGCAGAAAUGCUGAAAUGUGUGUAUUUGCAUUGUUGCUGUUUAAUAGUAUGGAGCAUGUCUGUGCAUAUAAAAGAAUUGCAUUGUGUCAUGUAUAGUAUAUUCCAACUUUGCUAGCGAGAAAAAACAUAUAAGAAUUGGAAUAAACUAUUCAUGAUGCAAUGCUGGGUGAGCAUUUGCAGACUAAUGUAAGGUAUUUGGCAUUCAAGAUGCUGCCAUUUUUAAUGUGGGUAGUGGUGUUGUGGAUUCAUCUACACAUAACAGGAUUUUUCUGUUUUACUAUUUGUGUAUACUCCACUGGGUGAUAACACAAUAAGAUUAAAGCCACCAUCAGUACCUCUCUCCCUAAUAUGCAGUUACAUUGUAUUAUCGCAGAAGUAGAACCCAGUCACUAAUUUUUGGUUACUGAUUCUGCUAGUUUUGUUACUUUGUUAUGUUGACAUCUGUUCUGCGUGUUCUGAGUGUUGUCUUUAACUAUUUCCAUAUUACGAUUAAAGUGUUUCCUACAAUAA